UCAACUGCAUGAGCUCAGUGGGUCGCUCAGCGGGUCGCUCGACGUGGUGGCUGCGGUGGUUAUCGGUGUGGUUACUCGUCCCUCCAUCGUCACGAUCCCAAGGCAGAUUUUCAACUGGAGACUCGACACUCGGCGUGUCUGGAUUAUUGGCCGGGAGUCCAACACGUUGGUGAACGUGGCUUUCAACAUGAAGCUCGCUGUGCUCGUUGGUCUGGUUCUCGACUGGGGACUCAAAUUGCUGAAGGGCUGUACGAUCCACUGUGGGUUGCGCAAGCUGCUCGACCUGAAGCUCGUCCGAGAGUCGGAUAAGCUGGUCAACCCCGGUUACACCAGGAGGCUGAACGUGAAGGUUGUCUGGAAUGUCGGUUUGCGGCUGAAAAUCAUCCUGAUCUCGGACCUCUUGGGGCUGCAGAGGUCGUACGUGCUCACCGAGUUGUAGUGAGAGGGAGGGUAGAUGGACUGGGCUUGGGAUUAGAUCAGCGUUGGCUUCGUCGGCGUCGUUUCCGUGACGCUUGCAAGUACGGCGGUUGUGUCCCUUUUCGGAGCAAGUCUUGCACUUGUACGUAUUUCCAGCUGACUCACCGCUACUACCCAUGCGGCGUGUAACUCUCCUGCCAGCUUGCUUGUAGAAUGGGGAAGGCUUGACAUUAGGGUCGACGUGAUCCGUGUCUCUAAUUGGCAAUUCAAUUCCUUUACCGACGAAA